UAUACGUUCCACAAUAUCUUUAGGCGGCUCGUGCACAGAGAAUCAGGAACAACAGAUAAGAUUUUGGCGUGUCCUCGACGAAAAAUGUCUUCUACAACGGAACAGUCAAAUCAAUCGCCAGGCGAAACUCACGCGUUGACCCCUUCCCCACCAAGGGACAGCGGGGGAAGACCCAGUAACGAUGGAUUAGGAUCAAGUGAAGAAGACAGUGACCAUGAAUUCGAGGGUUAUGACUUAAACAGGUGGAUAGUUUUACAUGCAGCUAUACUUAUUCCCGUAAUAAUCACAGUAUGCUUCUUCGUCAUCGAUACUAUCCUGAAACAAGAUCAGAGAAAAUAUAUCGAAGGCACCAUGGAGAAACAUCUCUACAACAUGGUGUGUAUGGCUCCUAGCUUUAGAGAAUCUGCGUUAUGUCUCCGAUUGGGAGAAAUUUUGGGUGGCAGCCCUUCGAAGUCCAUAAUGAUGGACCAUCCGUCGUACAACGUACCAUCUGGCCAUUGAAUCGACAAAUAAGAAAUUUCUCCAUGAUUCAUUCGAAGCACGUCUAUCUCCGAUGUAUGGAAACCUCAUAGCACCACUACAUGAGUCGACUAUGCUUUAAGUAUCGAGUGUCUGCGAUUUUAGGCCGUCAUGAUGUAAGUGUCGAUACAGGCACCGCGGAAAACGCAGCAGCAAAAGACAAACACCGUUAAGUAAACUUCUUGGAAAAAAUUAUAUAAUUAUGAUUUGCCGAUUAUAUGAAUACAAUGGAAUAACGCUGGGAUCUACGCGUUGAGGGCGAGCCGCCGAAACUGCCUGUUUUCUUCAAAGAGCUGGCUGCAAACACAGUAGUAUUUUAUAAGGAUAACGCAAACAUCGAAUAAAAAUUCAAAACCUCUGUUUUCACUAGAAAUAUUUUAUUAAAAUUGUUCAAAAAGUUAACUUUACAAAAAUCGUUGGUAUAAACAUGUGAAAUAAUGUUUGAGUACUUCUUGACGCCGACGACAACUAUCCGUCGUCACGAAUAAUCAUAGGCACUCGAUUACCGCCAGCGCGUCAGCCUAUCAAAAGUGGUAAUUACGAACUUUAUUUUUAUACGCAAAAACAAGCACUUUAGUUGUCUUAGGAUAUUUUGUAUUCCCUUGUUAGUACACAAAUUUGACACUGCUUGUCAGAUUUUUAACACUCUUUUGAGUAUA